CUGGCACUGCAGUACUAGAGCCCUGCUUACUUUCGCAACAUUUAAGUUGUAAGUGCCAGCACUUAGCCAAAUAUCAAGUAAACCAAGAGAGACACUGGCAGGUCGCUUCUCAUCUACGCCCUAGACGCGUGGGAUCAAACAGCGUUCAUUAUGUCACGGAGUCUGCUUCUGCAACAAGGCGUUUGAGGAGUAGGCUGCACUCGUCGCGGUCAGCCUCCCUCCUUCUGAUAUCCUACCUAGUCUCAUACGGAUUUACCUCCUUUCAUCUGGUCGGCUGGUCCGGUAUGGCGCUUUUACAGAACGAAGAAUUUGCCAUUUGGUAUCUACGCACCUCCUUUCUUGCCAAUGUCAAGGAUGGUGUUGCUGAACGGCUGAUCAAUGUCAACUCAUCGGUCUUGAACACCGCCGAGUUCCGCGCUGCUGGCUGGUCUGCGGAGCCUGUUCAAAGGACGUGCUCCCCGCCCAUUCCUACAUCCAUCAACACGGAGUACUUUCAAAACGGAUCAGAGCUUCAGCUCGUGAACUCUCAUGGCGAUGAAGAAGAUGAAGGGGGGCUUUUAACCGGUAGGACUAGCAAUGACACGAUUGGCCCUGGCUUCAAUGCCAGACGUAGACGGAAAAAGGAACAUGUGGAAGAUGAUGACAGUAGCGACCUGACGGACGAGUCCGAGGAAGAGGCCGAAGGCGCUCAGCGUGCUGCUCAACAGAUCCGUUUUGCAAAGAUGCCGGCGCGGAACCGUGCUGAUUCAUCCCCAACUCAUGGCCCAGGGCCUGAAAUCAUCACAACCUCACCUUCAAGGCCUUCCACCGAUAACAGACGUCGCACUGGGUCGCUUGGUGCUGUGGAGGCCGUCAAAGCCCGCGCAAGACGAGACACGACAACCAGCAGCGAGUUGUCCUCAGAGAACGAGGUUGAUCCUGCUUACUUCCAACGUCGCCGAAUUCGCCCAGGGCAGACGUCCAAAUCCGUUCCGCUUCCAGAUCAUCAUCCCACCGGGUCUCAUACCGUGCACAGCCGGCCUGAGCAAGACCAUGACCAAGAUGAAUCAGACGCAGAAUCGGUGGGCUCAGCAAUGUCCUCGGAGUUGGGCGGCACUAUUGACUCCCCUUCGUUACUGAACCCUAUGGGGGAGACGAACCUCACCUCCUCACCUGCACUUCUAGGAAGCCUCAGCGGUUCCGAGCCUCGAUUCGGUACACCGGACCUUGCGAGGAAGCAGAGACCGCGUCCGGCAUUACAAGAACUACCUCCUCCUCGGAGGCCUAUCAGCAUGGUACAGCCCAAGAGCUUACUAUCAGCUGCCUUGAACGCACAGAGAAAAGCUCCGAGCAAUCCCUUGCAGGCAUUUGCAGCCUUGUCAGGCAAAGGAUCUCCCAACCCGCUGUGGAUCAAAAUAUACGCGCCAUUUUCUAAAGACCCCGACGAACCUUUCGAAAUGCCUUUAGCGAGAACUUCUAAGGACGGCAAUCCAGUCACAGUUGCCGAAGCAAUCGGCCUCAGUCUAUGGAGAUACACGGAAGAAGGGAGAGAGCCACCGCUCGCUGAAGCUCAACUCGAUGUAAACAAGUGGACCUUACGAAUGGUGGAGGAUGGCGAGGUGGACUAUGAUUUCCCACCGCUAGUCCGCACACGGCCGGUGACCGAUUUCACAUACAACAAUAAUCGGGGCGCUCGAGGGCGAUCCAGAGAACGGCCGUUCGAUGAAUUCGCUCUGGUCGAAGCGACACCCGCCCAACUCGAGACCAACAGGAAGGAAACGCCGCAGUACGCGCCAGCUGCCCAAGAAGAAGCUGUGCCUGUCGCGGCAGAGUCUUCGUUCCAGCCAAUGCAGCCACCUCCCAUCUUCAAGGCGCCAUUGCCCAAAGGCAACAUCCUCCUAGCCGGCCAGCCAUUCACCUCGGCCUUGACCAACACCACCUUAACCCCAGCAGACUUACCCGCACCAGCUGGGCCCCAGGCAACUCCGCGUCUGGGCAGGACAAAGACAAUCAGGGUACGGUACUUUGAUAUCGACAUGUCUGCACAAACGACGACUUUGGAGGUACCUAUGGAUAGCUAUAUUGCCGAGAUCCUCGAUCAUGUGUGCAAACGAUGGAAUUUGGAGAAGGCUGGUUUUGUGUUGAAGGUCGCUGGAACAAACACCAUUGCGCCCUUGGACCGGACGGUCGAGGCCUUGGGUCCGCGCUCUGAUCUUGAGCUUGUACGCAAACGGUUUGGAGCAGGAGUCGCCAGUUUGACAGGCUCGCCGGGCAGUUCUUCGCCGAAUGCGCCGCUUCUUCUGGACAUUCAAGGCCCUAGGAAGGUCAAGAAAGGCCAGCCGAUGCAUCCAUUAGCGCAGAAGCAAGACUUGAUGUCGAGCGCGAGCAACUUCAAGAAAUAUUAUGUCACGAGGAAACAAUUGGCCCCGUUUGCGCAGGGAAGUCAGAGAGUCCUGGUGUUCGAUGGAGACCUUAUCCAUGUGAUGCCUGCAGACAACACGUCGAAUGCCAAAUUCAGCUCAAUCGCCUUUGGAGAUAUUCUGCGGUGCAAAGUCAGCACGAAACACCCCAAAAUUGUGCGGCUCGUGGUCAGAAGAAUCAACGAGUCCAAACGAUAUGACUUCGAGGCGCGGACUGCAGGAGAAGCUCAGGAAAUUGUGGAUGAGGUGACUCGUGAGAUGAGACUUGCACGAGCAUAACGAACUUGAACUGCCAGUCUGCUGGGACUAUGGAUUCUUGGCUUCCAAGGGUUCCAGGUUGCUACUUUAUGUACUUGUACCGUUCUAGCCGUACCAUUGCACAGCGUAUGGACCAUGAUUAUCGUCUUCUGCUGUCACCUUAGUUGCCGGGUGAGAAACAGCUUACACAGCACCAGGAGUACUGUACACAGAUAGAUGCUGUUCACACCCCGCCUGCUCCGAUCAUAUAACCGG